CUCUAGGAAAGAAGAGAUGGCGGGAAACGAUUCUCAGAAGCAAUUCCUCACUCUAAUCCGCGACUUCGCAUCUGAAAAAUCUCAAGGAGAGCGAAGAGUAAUAAAUCUUAAGAAACGAAGUCAAGAGCUUCAAUCGGAGCUUGAAGUUGCAAACACUGAGGUUGAAGAGGCAAAACAUCAGAAGGAGACUGCUGACCAAGAGCUCAAAGGCUACGAAGUUGAAUUGGCCAGGAAUGAAUCUGCUAUUCAAACCCUAGAGGAAAGGAUCGUUUUGAUUCAAGAUGAAUUAUCAGCCUACGGAUCUGACGUAGAGGCUCUUAAGAACAAAGAAUCAGAAACUCGAGAUGACUUCAUUGAGAAAAUGUUGGAUCUCAAUGCACAGAUAAGGAAAUUCCAUGAGACAAGAGCCUCCAUAUUCCAAAAUGAUAAUUGCAGCGACUCAGCAUCAAAUCCUGCAGGUCCAGCAAAAGCCAAAGGAGAAGAUGCUGAAGCUGUCAAAAGAGACCUCCAGAAUAAGUUGGCUCAGAUAGUUUCCCAGAUCACUAAGGAAGAAGAGGAAUACCAAGUUGAACAGAAUAUUCAUAGUCAGCUUGAAGAGGAGUUGAAUAUUUUGGAAAGGAAAGCAUCACUGAUAGAGGGAAUCACAAAAGAAAAUAUGGAAAUGCAGGAGUUAGCCAGGCAGACUUCUGAAUUGGAAAACAGAUGUGCUUCCCUUGGUGAUGAGCUACAAAGGAGGUCGGUAUGUCCCAGUUGCCAUAGGGACAACACAGAGGCAUUGGGUGAAAUUGUUCAAGCAGGCAAUGAAAAUUAGCUUCUUGUAAGUAGUCCCGGACGUUACGCUGAUGAUAGUCAAAAGCAGGACAUUGAGGUGCUUACAUAUCUGCUCUUAUGUCUUCCACUGGAUUUACUUUUGGCUAAGCUUUGCUCUACUAUAGAUAGGGCUAGUCAAAAACUGGCUAGUUUGCACACAUGUUGAUCCUUAUAUAUCCCUCACAAUCAGUGAUAAGACUGGAGAUCUAGCAUCUUUAUUACCCUUGCCCUGUACCUGGCUACCUGCCAACAUGUGCUCAACUUUAGAACUUUGUAAUAUCAGCUUUGUAAAUUGACAUUCGAAAAGUCAUCCAUAAUCAGCUUGAGAGCCAAGAGACUACAGUGAACAGUGAGUCAGACACUUGCAUCUUUACUAGGAAUUGGGGAGGGGACUGAAGGAGGAAAUGAGACCAGACUUGAACGGGCACACUUUUGAUCUUCAACAAUCAACAUGUACAGAGAAUAAAACAGUGACGGGCCGAUGUUCAGAGAACUUGCUUUCACUGCGGAAAUAGGGAAAGCCUCUAAAAGGGUUUCUUCUUCUUAAGGCUAGAAUCUGAAAUCUUUUAUUAAAGAUAGAUGAAAUCCAUCCGACCACACCUCUUGGUUGGUAAGGAAUCCAUUGUUGAUCCCAUUCUCGGAGGCUUCCCGAAAUAUAUCCUACUAGGAGUACUUCAUUAAUGCAACUAUUUCUUUUUGUUAAAUGGUACUCACUCUAUUCUAUUCUAGAGGACAUCA